AGCCCGACCUCGCCCAGCCCGACCUCGCCCAGCCCCCACUCGCACAGCCCGACCUCGCCCAGCCCGACCUCGCAUAGCCCCCAUUCGCCCAGCCCCCACUCGCCCAGCCCGACCUCGCCCAGCCCCCACUCGCACAGCCCCCACUCACCCAGCCCCCACUCGCCCAGCCCCCACUCGCCCAGCCCCCACUCGCCCAGCCCCCACUCACCCAGCCCGACCUCGCCCAGCCCGACCUCGCCCAGCCCCCACUCGCCCAGCCCCCACUCGCCCAGCCCCCACUCGCCCAGGCCGACCUCGCACAGCCCCCACUCGCCCAGCCCCCACUCGCCCAGCCCCCACUCGCCCAGCCCGACCUCGCCCAGCCCGACCUCGCCCAGCCCCCACUCGCCCAGCCCCCACUCGCCGAGCCCGACCUCGCCCAGCCCCCACUCGCCCAGCCCCCACUCGCCCAGCCCGACCUCGCCCAGCCCGACCUCGCCCAGCCCCCACUCGCCCAGCCCCCACUCGCCCAGCCCGACCUCGCCCAGCCCCCACUCGCCCAGCCCCCACUCCCCGACCUCGCCCAACCCCCCCUCGCCCAGGCCGACCUCGCACAGCCGCCACCCGACCUCGCAUAGCCCCCAUUCGCCCAGCCCCCACUCGCCCAGCCCGACCUCGCCCAGCCCCCACUCGCACAGCCCCCACUCACCCAGCCCCCACUCGCCCAGCCCCCACUCGCCCAGCCCCCACUCGCCCAGCCCCCACUCGCCCAGCCCGACCUCGCACAGCCCGACCUCGCCCAGCCCCCACUCGCCCAGCACCCACUCGCCCAGCCCCCACUCGCCCAGGCCGACCUCGCACAGCCCCCACUCGCCCAGCCCCCACUCGCCCAGCCCCCACUCGCCCAGCCCGACCUCGCCCAGCCCGACCUCGCCCAGCCCCCACUCGCCCAGCCCCCACUCGCCCAGCCCGACCUCGCCCAGCCCCCACUCGCCCUGGAGGGGCAAACAAAUUGAUGUGGACGACACCAUUGCCAGAGUUCUAAACUCUGAGGAGGAGGAAGAGGAGGAAGCACCUGGCCACUGGAAGAUUGUGAAGUGGAUGAGGAUGAAGAGGCCGUCAGUGGUAGAACAGCUGGGAGGCAUGGCCAUGUAG